UGGAGGUCGUUGCGUCAAAUCUCACAAAUCAUGAAUGAAUUCUAAGUUCUGUUAUACAUUUUUUACAAAUUAGAAACAUUGUUAACACUAUACUCAGCAAAACUUACGUUGUACAAUGAAUGAAGUAAGUGGAGGAAAACAAGAUAUACCAAACACUUCUACUUGGGAAACUUUAUCUGGCCAAUCUGCAUCUUCAUUAUCUACUAUGCAUCAUCAUCAUCAAUCGUUACAACAAGAUGCAACUCCAACAGUUGCGCAAGUCAUAAUUCCUACUCCUGUAAAACUUCAGACACCUAUGUUAAGUUCAGCACAAACUAUACCUGACCAUUGCUCACAACUUGGUCACAUGCAACAAUCAGGUCUAAUGUCACAGGGAACACCACCAGGAACAUUUCCAGAACCUGAACUUUCUCCUGAACUUCAACAACAAGGAUGGAAAAAAUUUUGGAGUAAACGAGAGAAUCGUCCAUAUUUUUGGAAUAAAUUAACUGGAGAAUCAUUAUGGGUAAUACCACCUUUGAAACCCCAGUUUGAUCCAAUUACGGAUCCACUUGGCAUUUGUGGUGUACCACCUGUUUCUGGAAAUGGAGCCAUUCCACCAGGAGGAACACUUAAACGCAGAGUUUCUGAGGAUAGUGUAGUUCCAACUGCAAAGAAAUUUAUAUUAGCAGGGCCAUGGGAUUUGGAAAUUCCAACAAAUGUUAUAAUAUAUGAGAGGGCUCCAUCAAAUUUACCUCAUGUUCAUCCUGAAGCAGAAGCAUUACGCUGUGGUUUACUUGCAAAACUGAGACAGUGUUAUCAAGAAUUAUGUCAUACACGUGAAUCUAUAGAUGCUCCAAAAGAUUCUUUUAAUAGAUGGUUAAUGGAAAGAAAAGUUAUAGACUGUGGUUCAGACCCUCUUUUACCAAGUCAGUGUUUUCCUGAAAUUUCUAUGUCUAUGUAUCGUGAAAUUAUGAAUGAUAUCCCUAUUAAAUUAGUCCGGCCAAAAUUCACUGGUGAUGCGAGAAAACAAUUAUCUCGAUAUGCGGAAGCUGCGAAAAAGAUGAUAGAAUCAAGAGCAGCUUCAUCAGAAAGUAGAAAGGUUGUAAAAUGGAAUGCAGAAGAUACAUUUCAAUGGUUGAGACGAACAGUUGGUGCUACAUUUGAUGAUUUUCAAGAUCGUCUUGCACAUUUGAAACGACAAUGCCAACCACACCUUACAGAAACUGUAAAAGCUAGUGUUGAGGGUAUCUGCCUAAAAAUUUAUCAUUUAUCAACGGAAUAUGCGAAAAAAGUUAAAGAUAAAAAUAAUCAAAUAUUAAAGGAUAAUGGCUUAGGAAAUGUUAUACCAUUAGGAGGACCAGCUAGUGCACAAAGGAAAGUUUGGUGUUAUCCAGUGCAAUUUUCUCUUCCAACUCCUCGACUUCCACAAGUGGAUUAUCUUCCUGAACGUGAACAGACAAUGUUGCGUUUUCAUGGUGAUACUGUGUGUAUUAAUAAUAUACAUCUUGCUAAAUUAGAACACCUGUAUAGAUAUAAUUGUUUUGAUGAUAAGAAAUUCGAAAUGUUUUUACCUCGUGUUUGGUGUAUGUUAAAACGUUAUCAAACAUAUCUUGGAAUUAAUGAAGGACAAGCAACACAAAUGGCUCUCCCUGUCACAGUUUUUGAAUGUCUUCAACGAUCAUUUGGUGUAACAUUUGAAUGCUUUGCAUCUCCAUUAAAUUGCUACUUUAGACAAUAUUGUUCAACAUUUGCUGAUACAGAUUCUUAUUUUGGAUCAAGAGGACCUUUCUUAGACUUUAGACCUGUAAGCGGCUCGUUUCAAGCUAAUCCACCAUAUUGUGAAGAACUUAUGGAAGCCAUGGUCAACCAUUUCGAACGUCUUUUGGCUGAUUCUACUGAACCUUUAUCUUUUGUAGUAUUCUUACCAGAAUGGCGAGAUCCAGCGCCUAAUGCUCUUAUCAAAUUAGAAAGUAGCCAUUUUAAACGCAAACAAGUAGUGGUACCUGCAAUGGAACAUGAAUAUAGACAUGGAUUUCAACAUAUAUUACCAAAAGGUGAGGUUAAUAUUAGAGCAGCACAUGGAACAUUAGUUGUGUGGUUACAAAAUGCAUCUGGUACUGCUCGCUGGGGACCUACUGAAGAAAGAGUCGAGGCAUUAUUAGAAGCAUGGCGUCCAGGAAGAGAAAGAGAACGAGACAGACAAGAACUUUUAUCACCGCCAAGACAAACACAUCAACAAAUACCAUCUACACCUAUUCCUGUUUUAACAACACCCACAACUCCAACAGUACCAUUACAAACAUUAUCCACACAUUCUAUAUAA